AGGCGUGGUCCUGGAACGUUCUCUGUUCUACUGGUGGUUAUGUGCUCGUGGUUCCAGGUCGGGAGCGCGCGCUGUGUGACAGCUCAGGGCAGUCCACGUCAACACAGAGUGAGCACAGCGGCAGCGGUGGCAGCAGAGAUGGACUCCACGUCCCUGGAACCUUCUCUCUAUACAGUGAAAGCUGUUUUUAUUCUUGAUAAUGAUGGCAACAGACUUCUGUCCAAGUACUACGACACCGAGCUCUACCCCACCAUGAAAGAGCAGAAGAACUUUGAGAACAACGUCUUCAGCAAAACACACAAAGCAGACAAUGAGAUAGCGUUCCUGGAGGGGAUGACCAUUGUGUAUAAGAGCAGUAUAGAUCUUUUUUUCUACGUGGUGGGAAGUGCUCAGGAAAAUGAGCUGAUGCUGAUGUCCGUGUUGAACUGUCUGUUUGACUCCAUCAGUCACAUCCUGAGAAAGAACGUGGAGCGGAGGUGUUUACUGGACAACAUGGAGGGAGUCUUCCUCGUCGUGGACGAGAUCAUUGAUGGGGGGGUGAUUUUGGAGAGUGAUUCUCAACAGGUCUUACAGAAGGUCAACUACAGGGCUGAUGACAACCCAUUAACUGAACAAAGUGUGGCUCAGCACCUAACAGAGAAGUUGGCACUGACCACUAACGUUUUGCAGUCAGCUAAGGAGCAGAUAAAAUGGUCCAUACUAAAAUGACCUGGGAAGAAAAAAAGACAAAAUGUCUGAUCUGUCAAAAAAAAUAAUAUUUUCUGUCUCUAAGCUAUUUUUGUAGGUCCAUUUGGACAGCCCAUCAGCUGGCCUAUCAGGAGCCAGGAAAGCAUUUCUUCUGGUCUGUCUGUAUGAUGGCAGUUUGUUACUUUUUCUGUGAAGUGUAUUUAAUGCUUUACUUUAUUGUAUUCUGUUUUUACAAGUAAUGGUAGUAAUGGAGACAUCCACAUGGUUUGUAGCAAGCCAAAUGGUGCUGUCGUUUAUAAAGGGACAAAAAGGAACAGAACCGGCGCCUGGCAGUUCAGCAUAAGGAUUCCAAACAGUAAAGACAAAAUAUUAAUUUGAAUUUUCAGUUACAAACCAAAUAAUAUUACAUAUGCAGUGGGGGUUUUUUUUAUGUUUUAUUUGUUUUACCCACUGUCACAUAAGCAUGUCCGCUGUAAAUUGUUUUAGAGUCAGUAUAUUUUCUUUCUAUGGAUAACCAGAAAUACUGGGGAUUAAUAAACACAAUGGCAACACACACAUUCUGAAUUGUCCUUCAACGUUGUUUUGUUUGAACAUAUUUAAAAACUACAACACUGAACUGUCCCAGAUGAGUUUGGACUGUAGUGAGCAUUGUUCCAGUAGCCUCUUUCAACAGGAGCGACUUUUCAUAAAAACACAAAACACAAUUUAUGAAGGAUUCUUUACUAUAACAUUUAAUAACUCUAAGUCUGCUGAUAGGCUGCUUAGGAGUCAACACAGAUGCACUGAAUAAAAGAUGCAAAACUGAAAUGUCUCUUUUUUUGAUUGGUGUUUAAAUAAAUUUUUGAUGUGAAGAUGUAAAUAAGGAAGGUAUGUGUACAAAGAAUAUGUUUUACUUUUACAGUGAGAACUGAAGAUGUUCAUAGAUACUAAAUAUUUUCAAAGCUGGAAGUGGAAAAAUGCCACACUUGUUUUGGGGAGGAUGUUACGGAAACAAACUGAUUUCAUCUGCUGUUGGUGACACUAAUAAACAUGAUUAUACUGG